GGGUUCCAGCUGGCCUGGAUUGCGGGCGCUCCCGGAGGGUGCGAGGAAUGCGAGCGCUCCGGCAGGCUCUGCUGCUUCAACCAGACUCGCAGCUUCUGCUCCGACGCGACGCCAGACGGCUAUUGCCCUGCGGCCACGACAUAUGAUGGUCUUCUCACAAAAAAGAAAAUAUUUUUUUUAUUUUUCCUUCCAUUCUCUGCAUUUUUUUGCACUAUCUUGCCCCCUUCCUCACCCUCUGCCGCAGCUGCCGUCCCAUCCCGGAUGUGCUAUCCCUUUGGUCCUUCUCAAAUUCUACAGCACCCUUGUCGCCGUUGUCGUCUAUGACCCUGCCCUCCUCCACAGUCUCACCUCCACCAUUCGAGCCAUAUGCAAGCUGACGUUAACAGAGGUGUGGGCCAUUUUAGUAAACUUAUUUAUUUUAUUUAGAAAUAAAAUUAGCUAGAAAUGUGAAUCAAUUAGAAUUUAAACUUGGGUCUCAGAUAUCAAUCAUCAAGUCCUUUUUCACUUACUCUAGAAACAGUCAAUGCAAAGUGUUACUUUUUAACCAUGAAGUACUAUACUGAUAAAAUAAAAAUACCCUAUAACAUUUGGGGCAAUUUGAAAUUUACACAAGACGUACGGACGGUGAAAGCAAUUACCAGGCAUUAACCCUGACAACAACUCGCACCACGCUACCGCCUGGUUUUGGUUUUUCUUUUGGGGUUUUGAUGGAUCGAAAUUUUUUCUAAUUAGGAUUGGACAAACUCAAACGAGAAUCUUGAAAGCUCCUUGGAAAAAACAACAGAAUUCCGCACCAAAUUUCUAGCAACAAAUUGCCACGUAACUGUUUAUUACCACUCCACCCUCCCUACCAAUUAUCCCAGCACCGUACCAACCAAACCCCUAAUAAAAAAAAAAAUCCCCAUCCUCUUGCUUCCCCCUCCCAAUUUCCCUCUCCUCUGUUACCGCACCAAAACUCUCUCCCACAUCAAACAACUCACCACGGAGGAGAAGUAAAACAAGAAAAUAAAAAUUAAAAAAAAAAAAUAAUAAACACGAUGAUGAUCCAUUCUGUCUUCUUCCUCCUCGCCGUCCUCUCUUUCCUUUCCCUGCUUACCAGUACCUUCGGGUCCUCAGCCGAUGAUGCUUCUUCUGCCGCCGAUUGCUCUUCUUCCUCCACCUGCGGCGACGUCAGCAUCUCCUAUCCGUUCUGGCGUUCCGACGGUCCUCCAUCUUUCUCCGCCGUCCAGUGCGGCUACCCCGGAUUCGGGAUCGCCUGCGAAUUAGAAGACAAGCAGCAGCCUAUCCUCCAGAUCGGCUCCGGCCGCUACAACGUCUCCCAUGUCGAUUACGACAGCCGCACCAUCGACCUCACCGACACCAACGUACUCACCAGCCCCGACGACAAGAGCAGCUGCCCAAUAGUCCGCCACAACCUCACGUUCGCUGGCGACGUUGCCUCUUCGCUGAAUUACACCGGCGCGGACGCCAACCUCACCUUCCUCUUCAACUGCUCUGUCGGUGACGGCCCGCCGCACGAUUUUCUGCAGUACAACGUGAUUCCCUGCCUCGGCUACGCGGACAAGCCCUCCUUCGUCUUCAGGAGUGACGACGUCCCGUAUAACUUAACUUUUUGGAGCGGCACGUGCGAGGACGUAGUGGUGGCGCCGGUGCUGCUUGAUAUCCUGAGCGACCCCGGCUGGGAUCCGGCGCAUGAUUUCAGCGAGGCGCUGAAUUACGGGUUCCAGCUGGCCUGGAUGGCGGGCGCUGCCGAAGGGUGCGGGGAAUGCGAGAGCUCCGGCGGGCACUGCGGCUUCAACCAGACGAGCGGUUCUCCCCUCUGCUUCUGCCCCGACGGGACGCGAGCCGGCGGCGAUUGCCCUGUUACUCAAAGCAAGAACAAGCAUACAGGAGUGAUAAUUGGAAGUUCAGUAGGUGCAGCUGCAGGCCUCGUCGGUCUAUGCGGCCUCUGCGUGUUUCUGUACAUCCGAACACGGAGGCGGCGGCAUUCGCCUUCGUCGUCAAAUCUCAUUCGCAAUGCAUCUUCGUCCGUUCCGAACUCCUACUCCAAGUCCAAGGACCCAGAAUUAGGAGGAGGCAGCAGUGUCUUCUACCAGACUCACCUCUUCUCCUACGACGAGCUCGAGGCGGCCACUGAUGGCUUCUCUGACUCCCGAGAGCUCGGCGACGGAGGCUUCGGCACCGUCUACAAAGGAAUUCUGCGAGACGGUCGGGUAGUGGCGAUCAAGCGGUUGUACGAGAACAAUUGGCGGCGUGUGGAGCAGUUCAAGAACGAGGUGGCAAUCCUCUCCCUCAUCCGCCACCCAAACCUCGUGGCACUCUACGGCUGCACAUCUCGCCACAGCCGUGAGCUUCUCCUCGUCUACGAGUACAUCUCCAACGGCACCAUUGCUGACCACCUGCACGGCUCACGUGCUGACGAGCGUGCAUUGACGUGGCCGCGCCGUCUAUCUAUCGCAAUCGAGACCGCCGAUGCCCUUGCAUACCUCCACGCAGUGAAUCCCCCCAUCAUCCACCGCGACGUAAAGACCAACAACAUACUGCUGGAUGCCGACUUUCACGUGAAGGUCGCCGACUUUGGCCUCUCGCGGCUUUUCCCUCUAGACGCCACGCACGUGUCGACGGCGCCGCAGGGCACGCCGGGAUACGUGGACCCGGAGUACCACAAGUGCUUCCAGCUCACCGACAAGAGCGACGUGUACAGUUUCGGCGUGGUUUUAGUCGAGCUCAUAUCGUCGAUGCCGGCCGUGGACAUAACACGGCGGCGCGACGAGAUCAACCUGGCCAACAUGGCGAUACGUAAGAUACAGAACUGCCAGCUCGAGGAGCUGGUGGACGCCGCGCUCGGGUACGAGGAGGAUCUCGCGACGAAGAGGAUGAUCACGAUGGUGGCGGAGCUCGCGUUCCGGUGCCUACAGCCGGACGGCGAGAUGCGGCCGCCGAUAAGGGAGGUGGUUGAGGUGUUGAGGGGGAUACAGAGAGAGGGCUACAACAAGAACAGUGAGGGGGAGGAAGGAGACAUUGUGGUGAAGGAAGAUUCAGGGCUGCUUAAGAAUAUCCCUCCCUUCUCACCUGAUUCUGUUGCUGCUAAGUGGCCGAGUAGGACUACAACACCCAACACUAGCGAGUAAGAGUAAUCAAUCACAUAUUUACUGCCGUUGAAACGGGCGGAAUAGUUGUGCAUUUUGUGAUGUUGUGUAGAUGUUUUCCUGUUCUAAGUUUACUUACUCUUUUGAAUUUGAGGGCAGUGUACAUAUCAGUUAAGAGUGUUUAACAGCAUAUAUGAGAGAUGAUUAACUAGUC